AAACAUAGGCUAGGACAGCCCGAACAGACGAAGAGAAUGGACAGAUCAACUCCAGGCGGCGCGGGCGUUCUUCGAUGGGCCGACAGUAUUCGCCUUGCCAUAGCCAAGGAUCCCGGACGACAGCUGUUGCACGACCAGAUUCAGAAUACGUUCGAUUUCUUGGAUGAUUACAUGGAGAACGUGUUGAAGGGUCCGAGGACGGAGUCGGUCCGGAACUACUUAAGACACCUGGUCGUCGGAAGAACGCGCCCGCGCGUACGAGGUACACGACGGCUACAGCUGCGAAGAAGGGGGUCGCGAUGUCAUUAGACAGGAGCGAUGACGAACGAGAGAACAUGCACCCGUGAAUAGCUUCUACAAAACGCUUUUGGAAGCGAAGGACACUCGGGACGAUGGAGAGGCUAGCAAAGUGCCUGUGGC